UUUUAAAGUUCAAUUAGCAACGCAAUUUCGGCAUUUAAAUUAAAUAACAAUUUAUUGGUCAUUUGUGCUUUACCCGUCAGGCCCAACCUGAACUAACGAGAAUUGAUAAUGAUGAUCAGAUGUCGCCACUAUCUGAGGUGCAUGCUGAUCCUGCUCAUACUGGUGCACCAGUGCAGUACCCAAUCGGGCAAUAGAAGACGUAACCGAAAUGAAAAGUGCCCCAGAGUACGAGCGAUGCGGAACUUCGAUCUGACGGCAAUGAUGGGCUACUGGUACGUGAUCCAGUACUUUGCCUCUUCGGAAACCCUACCGGAAUACUCCUGCAUGCAGAGUUCGUUCUCCACCGCCGACGGAUUCGUAACCAUGAACUUUACCUACUAUUUCUCCGAUGAUCCGUUGAGAAACUUCCAGCGAGGAAAUAUCACCUGGGUUAUUCCGAACUAUUCCGCGCCGGCCCACUGGAUUCACGCCGAAUGGACCUAUGAGGAAGUGUACAACACCUACGUCAUUGACACCGACUACCGCUCAUGGGGCCUAAUCAUGCACUGUGCCGAGAAGACCAAAACCCAGAAGUACCUGUCGGCGCUAAUGCUGUCCCGAGAGCCGACCCUAACGACCAACGUCAUUAACUUCCUGCGCGAGAAGCUGCCCCGGUACGAUAUCGAUCUGAGCUAUAUGUUUACGAUCCCGCAGGCCAACUGCACCGAUACGGUGCAGGAUCCGAAGCAGUACUUUAAGUACGAAACGCUUUAAAACCCCAUAGACAGGUGAGGUUUUCUGAGCAAAGGAAUUUCACCGGGCCACGUUAUAAUAUUGCUUUUGGUCACUUAAUCAAUUUGACUUCUUAUUAAAAAUGUUUUAAUAGAAAACUUAGCCUUUAUGGUUUACUGAAACAGAAUCAAGAACCUAAUUUCCUGCUGAAUUUUGAUAACUAGCCAUUAUAAUUUAACCCAUCAAAGCCGUUUUUAUCUGCCGCCGGUCAAUCUUAUUGUCGAA